AUGCUGGGAAAGAUUGCCCUCGAAGAAGCCUUUGCGCUGCCCCGCUUCUCCGAGAAGACGCGCUGGUGGGCUGGGCUAUUCGCGACUGAUGUGGAUAAGCACGUCGCCGAGAUUACGGAUGUGGAUUCUAUCCGGCUCAACUUUGCUGAGAAGCAUGGUGUGGGAUUGCAAAUUCUUUCUUAUACCGCGCCCGGCGUACAGGAUAUCUGGGACCCGGUUGAUGCGCAGAAACUAGCUGUGGAAAUCAAUGACUAUAUCGCGGAGAAGGUCAAGGCGCAUCCGGAUCGAUUUGCGGCUUUUGCCACCCUCUCCAUGCACGAUCCCCACGAAGCCGCCGCCGAACUCCGCCGCUGCGUCACCCAGCACGGUUUCCUAGGCGCCCUCGUCAACGACACUCAACGCGCCGGACCCGACGGUGACGACAUGAUCUUCUACGACAACGAGAAAUGGGACAUCUUCUGGCAAACCUGCACAGAGCUCGACGUCCCGCUGUACCUGCACCCACGUAACCCCACCGGUACAAUCUACGACAAGCUCUGGGCAGACCGGAAAUGGCUGGUCGGCCCCCCGCUCUCCUUCGCGCACGGUGUCUCCCUGCACACGCUGGGCAUGGUCACAAACGGCGUUUUCGACCGCCACCCCAAGCUGCAGAUCAUCCUGGGCCACCUGGGCGAGCACAUCCCCUUCGACAUGUGGCGGAUUAACCACUGGUUUGAGGAUCGGAAGAAGUUGCUUGGAUUGGCGGAGACGUGUAAGAAGACGAUUCGGGAGUAUUUUGCGCAGAAUAUUUGGAUUACGACGUCGGGGCACUUUUCGACGACGACGUUGAACUUUUGUUUGGCGGAGGUUGGGGCGGAUCGGAUUUUGUUUAGUAUUGAUUAUCCGUUUGAGACGUUUGAGGAUGCUUGUGGGUGGUUUGAUGCGUUGGCGAUUAAUGAGGUCGAUCGGUAUAAGAUUGGGAGGGAGAAUGCGAAGAAGUUGUUUAAGUUGGGGGAGUAUAAGGAUUGCAAUGCUUGA